AUGCAGUUAAAAACUAUGGAACUAAUUCAGUUUGCCAAUGCGAAUGUUUUGUCACCCAAAGGCACCAGAAGUGGUUCUGGGACCCGUGGAAGCCCUGAAAAACCCAGUACAGAGCAGGAAACCCCAUCGAUAGCAAAUAAAACAGAGGUAGCGGUACACCACAGACCCCAGAGGGAAAAUAAACAGAGGGUACAGAAACAGAGGAGUGGACCUCCAAAUACAGAGAUAAAUAAAAGAGGAAAGGAGAAGGGACCUACAGCUAGUGUAGGAAUCCUUGGCAUAGAAACAGAUGAAUACAAUAACAUGAAGUAA